GCCUGCCAAGGACGAUCACAAGGUGCACGAAACUGUUUUGAAUUAGGCUUGCCCUGGAGUCCUCAUCUGAUGAAGCCUGUUGUAGGGACCCUCAACUCAUCGUUCUUAUGCCCUGAUCUGUCAAAUUACUAAGAAUGUCGAAACCUUCAAGUGCAUGUGCGAGAAUCUCAAGGUCAGCAUACUAUUUUCCACAGAAGACAAAGCUUAUUCAAGGAGUUGAUAAUCGCGUUGCCCCGCAUACGCGAAAUUGUUUAGCGGUGCUAAAUUUCUGAGGUUCAAAGCUUCACAGGUGGUUCGAACAUUCCAAACCACGCAGAGGCUUCAAAGUUGAACAUUCCACACGAAUGCAAUAACCCACCUUAAAACGAAAGUGUGGAGGAGAGGUGGCACAAGCGGGGAAGAACGUGGGACUUCCUAUCGGGGCUGCCCUCUGCCCCGAUGUCGCUCCAUUUGACUGCCGGUAUGUCAGUCUCCGAAUCACGAGGAGAUCGACUGUGGGCCCUGAAUCUGCGCCUUUCGCGCAAUCCACUCAUCUAUCUGCAUUUCCUCUUUCAACUUGGUGCUCUCCGUCAUCCCCUUUUGUCAAUGCUGUAGGGAGUGAUAUUGCUUUUCUCACUCUGUCAAUCUCUGAGGGCUGUUGAGAUGGCCGUAACCGAAUCCGGUGAGUUCCGAGUGGAGGCCAGGGCGCCAGGCAAAGUCAUUCUCAGUGGGGAGCACGCCGUCGUUCAUGGCACUUCUGCCGUCGCAGCAGCGCUGGGUCUUUACACCACAGCGACCAUCCGGCCUGGGAUGGACGACAGCUGUGUACUCGACCUUCCACAACUUGGAGUGUACUCAAAAUGGCCUCUCAAAAUGAUAGAGGAACUUAUAACGCAACCUCACUUGUUGAAUCCAAAGCCCGCGCAUGUCACCUCAUAUUCUGAGUCAGAGUGGCCGCAGUUAGCAGCGUUUGUUGAGCGGCAGGUCAGAUCGCUCUCUGCAAAGGGAGCGAAGGGAGCGGAUGCGGCUGUCACGGCGUUUCUGUUCCUGUAUACAUCAAUCCUAGGUUUGCAGCCAGCAACCGUGAGAGUGUCGUCCGAGCUACCAGUGGGUGCUGGCUUGGGCUCCUCCGCUGCCUACUGCGUCGCGCUGACAACCGCUCUGUUGGCUUAUUCUCGAGAGAUUGAGUUGCCACAACUCCCGAGCGUGGGAGAAGAAGUUUCCACUGAUAGGAAAAUAUGGUUUGAUGUAGACGAAAAGAAGGUAGACUUGGUGAAUAAAUGGGCAUUCGAGGGAGAGCGCAUCAUUCACGGACGUCCCUCUGGUAUUGACAACACGGUCAGCACGUAUGGGUAUGUGGUGAAGUUCAAAAAGGGCCAGAUUACGCGCUUGCACACACAAAUGCCACUUCGAAUGCUCCUGACGAACACCCAAGUUGGGCGAAACACCAAAGCGUUGGUGGCUGGUGUUGGAGAGCGCGCUCUUCGUCAUCCAGCUGCCAUGGGCGCAAUUUUCAAGGCUAUCGACGAGAUUGCGGAAGAAGUUGUCACCAUCCUACAAACGCCACCUGAAACAGCACGGUUGGGCAAAAGUGGGGAGGUCGUUUCCUCUGAUGAAUGCGGGCCUCACCCUGUCGCUAAAACAGUACAGGAAAUCAGACUCCAGGAGCUUGUGGAUAUGAAUCAGGGUCUCUUGCAAGGCAUUGGUGUUAGUCAUCUCUCUAUUGAAUCAAUUUGUCAGAUUACUGCAGCGUAUAGACUUUCGUCGAAACUUACCGGAGCCGGCGGUGGUGGCUGCGUCUUGACGCUUCUCCCUCACAAAUUGUCUUCCACGUCAGUGGAAUUGGUAAAAGUGGACAUAGAAGGGAAAGGAUUCUCCUGCUUUGAAGCUGUAAUCGGUGGCAACGGAGUGCAAGUCAGUUGUCAAGCAGUGAGCUAAGCUGAGCUAAAGCCUUGUUUGACUCUAUGAUGCCUCCCGAGGAAUCUUUGCGGACGAAGUGUUAAGUAAUCAAUCAUCUGUCACGUUGGAAGGUGUUUCUGGACGCGCAUGUGGUGCAUGAUCUUAGUUUUACGGCAGGUUUUAGUAAAUGAUAGCACAUUCAUCCACAACCUCAUGAAUGGCCUUGAAUAUAGCACUCAUGGCUGGUGUGACGAAAAGUAUGCUCGCCACUAAGUUGUCAGUGAUAGUGGCGACUUGAGUGUAGAUUGGGAGCAUUUGAAGUAGGAAUUUGAAGUUAAAUUUCCGCAGCUGGUCAGCCCAGUAGAAUCUUUUCCAGGCAAUUUCCCUCGUGCGUAGUUUUAAAAUUCUUGUAGAUUGUAGGUAUGGUGUUCACUUAGGUGUCUAGAACUAUCUACUUUCUUAAUUUCAAAGUGGAAACAGAAAUUCCCGAUUUUAUACGUCAAA